AUGGCUCCGCAUCCCAUCGAACAGUAUACUUCCUCCUCGUCGUGGGCAAUGGUCGAAGACAAGUUCUCGCCGUACGCGAAGGAAACUCUAGCAAAGCUGGUCGACUUUGUGCAUAACGAGCUCGAGCCAGCACGAAAGGUUUGGGAAGCCCAACUCCCAGCGGAUCCUGUCCAGCGAUGGAAGACAGUCAUUCCCAUUACAGAAGAGCUGAAAUUAAAGGCCAAGCAGCGUGGAUUAUGGAACCUUUUCCUCUCCAAGAAACAUUACCCAGAGUUUGGAGUGCCGCUCACCAACCUCGAGUAUGCUGUCAUGGCAGAAAUACUGGGCCGCUGCGGCCAGUUUGGAUCCGAAUCCGUGAAUUGCUCUGCUCCAGACACUGGUAACAUGGAGGUUCUUGCGAAAUAUGGAACUCCGGAACAGCAGAAGAAAUGGCUUAUUCCUCUGUUGAACGGAGAGAUUCGUUCAGCAUUUAGCAUGACAGAGAAAGGAGUUGCAUCCUCGGAUGCAACCAAUAUUCAGACAUCUAUUCGCCGUGAUGGCGACUCCAUCGUCAUUAAUGGACACAAAUGGUGGAUAUCUGGCGCUGGUGAUCCUCGCUGCAAACUUCACAUCGUCAUGGGAAAGUCAGAUCCCGACAACAAGAACAAGUAUUUGCAACAAUCCGUUGUCCUGGUACCGCCGGAAACACCAGGUGUCAAGAUUGUUCGCCCUAUGCAUGUAUUCGGGUAUGAUGACGCACCAGAGGGCCAUUGCGAAGUUAUAUAUGACAACGUGCGCGUUCCUCUGUCCAACCUGGUCCUGGGGUGGGGGAGAGGUUUCGAGAUUAUUCAAGGCCGACUUGGUCCAGGAAGGAUUCAUCAUUGCAUGCGGUCCAUCGGUGCCGCACAGUAUGCCCUCGACUUGAUGAUCCAACGAGUCACGGAUCCAAGCAGGAAGACAUUUGGAAAGUUCCUAUAUCAGCAUGGAACCAUCAUCUCCGACAUUGCCAAGUCUCGUGCUGAGAUAGAGGCAUCUCGUCUACUAGUUCUCAGCGCUGCUCAUCAGAUCGACAAGUUCCAGGCUAAAGGUGCACUGAAGGAAAUUGGUAUCGCCAAGUUUGUAGUCCCGCAAAUGGCUGCAACCGUGAUCGACCGAGCAAUCCAAUCGUAUGGGGCCGAAGGCAUUAGCCAAGACACGCCGCUGGCCAAGCUUGCAGCAGGAAUGCGAACUCUUCGCUUUGCAGACGGUCCGGACGAGGUCCAUAUCCAACAGAUUGGUCGACGAGAGCUCGAACGCGCCAAGCGAUUACACGAGUUGACUGCAGAGAUUAAGAAGAAAGAGGCCGCUCUGCUCAAUGCAAGAGGACUCGCCAAACUAUGA